GGACGUUGAAAAGGAGCGGACUGGAUCUUAGUUUACUUGCGACGAAAGCAAGGACCCGGUGACCUACCCCCAAGCUCAGUUUCUCGUCCUCUUCGCCUCGUUGGAUUUCAAGGAGGAAAGAUGACUGCCGAUGUGGAGAUGAAAGAGGUCCAGGCGUUUUCCAAUUCCGUCUCCUCCGCCGGCGUUCCUUCCACUCUUCAACAUAUGAAGGAGAUCGCGUCCCUGAUCGAGUCUGGUGCGCAGGCCAAGGAAGUGCGCCGGAUCGUGCGUGCGGUGCGCCUCACUAUGAUGCUCCGUCGGAAGCUCAGGGCCCCCCUGGUAGCCGCGUUCCUUGGCUACGUUCUAACCCCGGCCUCGGAGGUCUUUGCUAAGCUCUCGUCCUAUCUUCCCAAGGAUGAUGACCAUGACAUGGAUGUGGAUACAGCAGCAUCAGCAGUCCAAGGUCCAGCCAAGCACUCUAUACCGGAACUUGAAAUUUACUGUUACUUGCUUGUUCUCAUAUUUCUUAUUGACCAAAAGAGAUACAAUGAGGCUAAAGCAUGUUCUUCUGCUAGUAUUGCUCGCUUAAGGAACAUGAACCGAAGAACUGUGGAUGUUAUAGCUGCUCGCCUGUAUUUCUACUACUCAUUCACUUAUGAACUCACAAAUAGUCUAGCUGAAAUUCGUGGGACCCUUCUUGCUUUGCAUAGGAUGGCAACUUUAAGGCAUGAUGAGUUGGGUCAGGAAACCCUUCUGAAUCUUCUACUUCGCAAUUAUCUUCACUACAACUUGUACGACCAGGCUGAGAAGCUGAGGUCAAAAGCACCACGUUUUGAGGCACACUCAAAUCAACAGUUCUGUCGUUAUCUACUCUACCUUGGAAAAAUUAGAACCAUUCAGUUGGAAUAUACGGAUGCCAAAGAGAGCCUCCUGCAAGCUGCUCGGAAAGCACCAGUUGCUGCACGUGGGUUUCGGAUCCAGUGCAACAAGUGGGCUGUCAUUGUCCGUCUACUUCUUGGAGAGAUCCCCGAAAGAACUGUUUUCAUGCAGAAAGGCAUGAAGAAAGCUUUGACACCAUAUUUUGAGCUUACUAAUGCUGUGCGGAUUGGAGAUUUGGAGCUAUUUAGAACUGUUGCAGAUAAAUAUUCAGGAACUUUCAGUUCAGACAGGACCCGCAAUUUAAUUGUCAGACUACGCCACAAUGUGAUAAGGACUGGACUCCGCAAUAUUAGCAUUUCAUACUCUCGUAUUUCCCUUGCUGAUGUAGCUAGAAAACUGAGAUUGGACUCUGAGAAUCCUGUGGCUGAUGCAGAAAGCAUAGUGGCCAAAGCCAUCAGAGAUGGUGCAAUAGAUGCAACUAUUGAUCAUGCCAAUGGAUGGAUGGUCUCUAAGGAGACUGGGGAUGUCUACUCGACUAAUGAACCUCAGAUUGCAUUCAAUUCCAGGAUCGCCUUCUGCCUAAACAUGCACAAUGAGGCCGUGAGAGCACUGAGGUUCCCACCAAACUCCAAUAAGGAGAAAGAAAGUGAAGAGAAGAGACGGGAGAGGCAACAGCAAGAGCAAGAGCUUGCUAAGCAUAUAGCAGAGGAAGAUGACGACUUCUAAUCGAGUCCCAAGAAAAGGUUCUUGCAGCUGUUUAACUUGUUUCUCUCUCCAAUGGAUCAGCAUCCGAAUUAAGGUUGUGGCAGACAUCUAUUUUGUAUUGAACGUUGAACUCCGUUGGUUAACACUGGUUUCUGGUCAUUUUCAUCAAGUCAUAAGGAUCCGACCAUACAUUUAUUGUUAGUGUGUUUCGUUUGUGAGUUUUAUAUGGGAUAUGCAGUCCCUCAUCAUGGUACAUUGUGAAUUAAUCUUCCUUGAUGAAAUUAGAUUAAAUUAAUUUUAUUUCAA